AUGGAAGAACUCAACCAUGGAUACCCAAAUAGCUCAAGAGUGACAGAAUUCAUUCUUCUUGGCUUCCCAGGCUCACCAGAUUUUCAACUCUUCAUGUUUAUCCUCUUUUUAAUAAUAUACAUUCUGGCCAUCUUAGGAAAUCUCUCCACCAUCCUUCUCGUAAUAAAGCAUCGACACCUCCACACUCCUAUGUACAUUUUCCUUUGCAACCUGUCUUUCCUGGAAAUAUGGUUCACAACAGCCUCUAUCCCCAAGAUCCUUGCCAUCUUUCUGGGGAGAAGCAGAAGUAUCUCUUUCUCUGGCUGCAUUCUGCAGUUGUACUUCACUUUUUCUUUUGGAUGCACUGAACAGUUUCUGAUAGCUGUGAUGGCUUAUGACAGAUAUUUGGCCAUAUGCUAUCCUCUGCAUUACAGCACCAUCAUGAAUACCACCCUAUCUUGUAAGUUGGCCCUUGGCUGUUGGCUGGGGAGCUUCCUGAUUAUUGGCAUACCUACCUACCUGGUUACAACACUGUCCUUCUGUGGGCCCAAUGUGAUCGAUAAUUUCUAUUGUAACCUUGAUUCCUGGAUCCAACUCUCAUGCACAGAUACUCGUUUCAUUGAGCUAACAUUUUUUUUCAUGGCUAUUAUUGUCGUUAUAGGCUCCUGUAUGAUGACCCUCCUUUCCUACACGUACAUUAUCUCCACAAUCCUGCGCAUCCCUUCCACCAAAGGUCGACAAAAAGCUUUUUCCACAUGUUCUUCCCACCUUGCUGUGGUGAUCAUUUGGUAUGGUUCCACCAUGUUCCUCUUUGUCAAACCUUCUAAAGAGACCACUUUAGAAAAAACCAAGGUAGUGAGUAUUUUCAACAUAAUUUUGGUCCCACUGCUGAAUCCUUUCAUCUAUACAUUAAGAAACAGAGAAGUCAGGGAUAUUCUGAGGAAUGUAUUUCCCACGUGA